UAUUUGAAUGUGAGUGUUUGUGCGCCGCCCGCCGUCGAUCCUGAGCGCCCUAGCGCAACCUCGCACUUCAGCCGUACGCGCACUCCGCACACCGUUAUUUUAUAGCGGCGGGAGCUAGCUCAGACAUGGGAAGUGAGCACUAUUGCCUGAGGUGGAACAAUCAUCAGAGCAACUUGCUCGGCGUUUUCAGCCAACUGCUACACGACGAAAGCUUGGUGGACGUCACGCUCGCCUGUUCCGAAGGUGCCUCCAUCCGGGCUCAUAAGGUAGUACUAUCAGCGUGCUCAUCUUACUUCCGUUCGCUAUUUGUGGACCAUCCUUCACGUCAUCCAAUCGUGAUCCUCAAGGACGUGGGUUUGGAGGAGCUCCGAACGCUCGUAGACUUCAUGUACAAGGGCGAGGUUAACGUCCAAUAUUGCCAACUGCCUGCUCUCCUUAAAACUGCUGAGAGCCUACAGGUCAAAGGACUAGCUGAAAUGACUACGCUUAGCGCAGCCGGCAUUGACACGAGGAACGUUCCGGAACCGAUGGAGGAGUGCCAACAACAAGAUAUUAGGGAAUGUACAGAAUCGCAUGAAAGGUUAGACGAGCGAGACACACGCGACAAAGAAGAAAGGAGGGAAGCAAAAGAAAGUCGUGAAAUCCGUGAAAGGGAUUGUAAAGAUAUAAGAGAAGGUCAUAGAGAAUCUCGAGAAACGAGAGAUUUGGGUGGGCAUAGAGAAAGAGACAGAGAACGCGAAAGGGAACCACGAGACUUGAUACGAGAAACUCGAGAUUCGCGAGACCCGCGGGAUCAUAGAGACUCUAGAGACCAUAGAGAAUUACGAGAUGUUAAAGAUAAUAGAGAGCCUAGAGACCUGCGUGAAAUAAGGGAUGCAAGAGAUCUUCGUGAUGCUCGCGAUCAACGGGAAGCCGUUGAAGCUUCUCCACCAAGAAUAUCACCCUUACUUUCUGUAAGACGGUUUAGGCCUGAAACGUCAAUUGAAACUCCAACAUUAACGCAUCCACCUAUACCAAAAGACGAGCCGCCCGACGAACCAAUGCGACCAUCAUCACCUGAAGACGACUCCGUUUCAAUUAGGUCCAAUGGUGCGAAUGAGAACGUGGGCAUAAAUAUGAUAAUAAACAGUCAUGGUGGUUUGGGACCGCGCUACUCUCCUGUAGAACAAAGGCUCAGUGUGCUGAACACAUUACCGCAUCCUGGAUUGCCUCAUCCCUCACACAGUUCAUUGUCGAGUCCAAGAAAUGAACCUAUAGCAGGCCCCUCCGGGUUGCCUCCUGUUCAACAAGUACCUUUGUCCUUGAAAAAAGAAGCAGAUUGGGAUAGGAGUAACGAGGAGAAGAGUGUGGAGUCAGCACCGGAGUACCGGAUGCAGCAUGAAUCUGAGUACGAAGGGUCCGGUAGGGGGAGAAUUGAUGAAGGGGAGAGGGCGUACCCUUGCAUACAUUGCGGAGCGGCGUUCCCACAUCAGAGCAAACUAACCAGGCAUAUAUUGACGACACACACUCUCGACACUUUGAAGUAUCGCGACGCUUUAAUGGGCAGGCCUAUGGGAUUACCAAUGAUCGGGCAGUUUAGCGAACCGACCUAUAUGAGUAUGCCGACGGAAGAGUCGCCCCUAGAUUUAGAUAUCGGUCCAGUAGAGCCUGGUAAUGUCGUUUUAUGCAAAUUUUGUGGCAAGAGUUUUCCUGACGUAUCAUCUUUAAUAGCGCAUUUACCAGUGCACACCGGAGAUCGACCUUUUAAGUGUGAAUUUUGUGGAAAGGCGUUUAAAUUGAGGCAUCAUAUGAAGGACCAUUGUAGAGUGCACACAGGUGAGCGACCGUUUCGGUGUGUUUUGUGCGGCAAAACGUUUUCGCGGUCAACGAUAUUGAAAGCGCACGAGAAGACACAUUAUCCGAAGUACGCGAGGAAGUUCCUGUCGCCGAGUCCCGUCGACACGGAAGAGGAGAGUCCACAUCAAUGAGUAUGGGAUGGCUAUAGUGCACAAAUUUAUCAGAAUAUAUUAGCCAAUAAUGUAAGUUUUUAUUGGAAGUAGUCAAUGGUGCGAGUUGAAUGAACAAACGGAGGACAAUAUGUUAUUAGUUAAGAAUGUGAUUUAAACGCCGCAACUGUGAUCUGAAUGAUAUGAAUAAAUAUUUGAUAUUUCACUUAUAGAUAAUUGACUCACAAAAUUUGUUAGUGUAUUACGUUUUUGAGUUUUUUUUUUGUUUUAUGAUAAAGAGCGCGUUUUGAUUGAUUCCUUAAUUUUGCUUUCAUGAACUUUGUAACAUUUAGGCGCUUUUCUUACCUUACUUACCUUAGAUACUAAUGAGUAAUUUUAUUAGCAACAAUCCCUUAAUUGGCAUAGCCAAAGAUUAAUAGAGAGUAAAAUUUUUCAAAAUUAUAUUUAAGAUUAUCUAGAUCUCGUUUGCUUUGCUUUUUAUUUUAGAAGAAUAUAAGCCUAUUACUAAUUUUUUAGUGAUUUCGAUAAUAUGAACACUACGUUCGAUUAAUGUAAAUUAUUCCUUUAGAGCUGAAGUAAUCUUUGGACAUUUGCAAAUUUAUUAUAGUGUUUGUCUCAGAAUUUUUUUAUUAACCAAAAUUGAGAAAUUAACGAUGAGUGCUUUAACAUUAUUAGAGUUUAUGGAAAUCGCACUCAGGAUAGUUUGUAUGUAUAAAUUAGAAAUUUGAGGUUUUUAGUAAUUUUAUCUGUCUUUCGAAGUAAACGACGCACGCUCCCCGAGGUAAUUCAAAAGCAAUAUUACGACAUAUAAAAUGUAAAUACAUAUAGUUUGGUACCUAAUAUCGGAUUUUUAGGAAAUUUAUUAGAGUAUAAUGCUUCAGUAGGUCAUUAAAUGGGGAGGGUUGUGGAUGUGUGAUCAUGGGAAUCAAAGCUUUAAGCGCCGUUUCAGUUCGAACAGAACACUAUGCCUCUUGGUCCAAGUCCACUCGACAUAUGCUACUCCGUAACUACGGUCUUAAUAACUAGGAAUAAUUUUGCCUUUCAUUAAAAGGAUUAUGGAUGUCAGAGGCAUGGUAACCCAUGUAGAAAUUUUUUAUCUAUUUUCAUACAGAUUAACUGUCUCAUUCUUAUUUUUAUACGACGUUUCAAAUGCUAUAUGUAUUCCAUGUUAUAUUAUACAUAUAUACACAACAUUUUAUAAUAAAAAAAAUGGUAAAAGUAAAAGCAUUUGAAUGUCAUCUCACAAUUGCUGUGUUCAAGAAAUUAAACAGAGUCAAAUACAGGGAUAUUUUAUGGAUUAUAACGUUCAUUUCAGAUAGAUAACAUAUUAUUUUACACAGAUACAUGUUUAAGACGACAGUGUUCAUUAUAAAUGAAAAUUUUUGUCAUAAAUAUGUAUAAUUAAACCACGAACUGUCAUCGACGUCACAACCGAAAAAAAAUAUUACUAAAGCUUUGAUUUGUUCUUGAUUGAAUGGUGGCUCUAUUGAGCGCGGCAAAUCGUAAUGGCUUUGGGUCACGAUAAUGUGCUUUAUAGACGGUUGGAAUAGAAGUUAUUUUUGCCUAAACAUUGUUAACAUGUAAGUCAUUUCAUUCAUAAAUUAAAUUAUGUGUUAUGCCGCGCUAAUAAGCUUAGACUACGUUUGGACGACUGAUUAUUAUUUUUUAUUUAUAUUAAGUUUAACUUUGAUAUGCUGACGGUACUCUGGCUGUAUGUGUAUGUUGCAAUUUGAUCGUAGAUGAAAUUUUUUAACUACUAUUAGAAUAGGAUGUACCUUAUCAUUUCAAAUCGUGCAUAUCAUUUUAAGAAAUCGGAGCAACAUUGGUGUAAUGAAAGAUAUAGAGAAAAUAAUGAAAAAAAAAAUUGUUUUGAAUUCGUUCUAAAUUUAAAUAUUAUAGAGAAAUAUUUCUUCUUUAUCAUGUAAUAUUUGGAUUAACCCUUUAAAGUAUUAUGGUAAUUUAAGAAAUGGUCUGUGAUAUAAAGUAAGGUAUUACAUCUGGGAGUAAAAUUUCGAUCUCAGAAUUUUAGUGAUUAUUAUUUCACUGUAAGACAUAGAAAGAUGAAAGGAAAAAAACCAUAGCGUCAUUUCUCAGCUAUUAAAUAAAAAUGAUUUCGAUACAUAUAAAUAUAUCCUGAAAGUAUCAAAGUACUAAAUCUUGUAAGAAUAUUCAUUUGAACAUAUCUUGAUUUUAUUUUUGUGUUUAUGUCUACUUAUUUACAAUUAAUUUACCGAUUGUUUCUUGUAUGCAUGUGUGGGUAUCAACCAUUCUCUCGUUAUUUAAAUUUCGCCCAUAUCAUUACUCUCUGUUCUUGUUAGUUCUGCCGUCUGAGCCAGUAUAAUUUCAGGCACUAGGAAUAUAAAGUCUUAAUUCCCAUUUUUAACGAUGCACUUGAAAUUUACGCAGUGGUAUGAUCAUUUCGUCUUCCUAAAACAACUUAAAAAAAAAAACAUUUGGUCUAAAAGUAAAUAGAAAUCAUUCGAAUUUAUGACAGUUUCAAAUUGUAUUUCGAGCUUAAUUGCAGUUAAUAUUAUUUAGGCCAAAAGUAAUGAAAUUCAGCAUGAUAAUCUACAAUUACAUUCUUGGAAAAAAAUCCUUUAAUGUAUUUUCCUUUAAAGAUUUUCCGAUUCGUAACAUAUUUUGUAAAUUUUUUUUUUGAUGGUUCUUAUCAGAUCUCAUUGCUUUUAGAGUUAGGAUUCAAUGUCAUAGAGAAUAAGGCUUAAUAUUUAAAAAAAUAUAUAUAUGACAAUUUUACUUUAUGACAAUCACAUUUUUAAAUUUGACUUCGUCAAAAAAUAGUGUUGUUCGAAAAUAAUAGUUAAUAUUUAACACUUAUUCUAUUGAUUAAUAUAAUUGUCGCAGAAUAUUCGGACAAAUCGAAUCACCGCGAAAAUUCUAGAGCGUUUGCAAAACACCGGAUAUUAAGGCAAGUUUUCGCAAUCGUCUAGUUGAGACAAUGAGGAAACUUGAACACAGAUUGGCUAACAAUAAAUUUAAGAGUUGGUUUAUAAUAAAGAAUAACAAAAUACCUUUUAAUGAAGUCGUUAGCCAAUUAGCGCAUUCGUCAUGUACACAACAGCCAAUCAACGCUCAUAUAGUGAUUAUUCAUGACUUACCUACGUCGGUUUUUGCAACGAUUCUAAAAAUAGCUUGAAUGAUUGCGAAGGCCUUCCAUAGAUUUUUAUCAUCCGAUCCUUUGCAGUUGUCAUAGGAUUUUGACUGAUUAUCCUACGAAAUCCCUAAAAUUAUAACGCAUUAAAUAAGUUUUCUUGGUUAGAAUUCGGGUUUUUUCGGAAUACGGAAUUAAAAAAAAAUCUUUUAAAAAUUGGUAUGUUUAUUUACAAAAUUCAACAUUCCUUCGUCCUCGGUUUAAUAUUUCGUCAAAAAUAAAAAUGUUAGAAUAAAUUAAUGUGUAAUUGACAAUGAGUUUUAACGAAUGUUACAUAGCGAUGAGUACCGCGGCAUAUUUAAAGUGUUAUCUUAAUUAUUUCAAAAUGUUGUGGCGUACUGAAAAUUUUGUCAUUUGUAGUCUAUAGGAGGCUGUUUCGAAAGCCGCAAAAUAUAUAAUUUAGGCAUGGACUAUGCAGUAUUUGUGCGCACUUAAUUUCAUGAAUAUCAUUUAACAUAGUCUAACUGGUCAUUUUAAUACUAAAAUAAUAAAACAUUCCAAGUGGGAGGAUGGAUGUUAAAAUUUACGCCCAAAUCACUCGGAAUUCUAAGAAAAUAGAGUUUGAAUUAUUUCUAAAUUCGCUGAAGAAAUUUACGUAAAAUUUAACAUCCAUUCAUAAAUAUGUUAUAUAUUAUUGUUUAAAUAGAGGUGAUUUUUUAUAUAUAUCUGCGUACAUUUCUAUAGAGUUUACCAUGAAUUUAUUCGCUGUGAAAAUUAAUUUUGGUCUGCUGUUAAAAGGCACAUGUAAAUGCAUAUUUAGGAUAUAGAUUGGUAGAUGCGCUACUUUCCGGAGCUAGAAUGGUGGAAAAGGAGUAAAAUUAAAAAAAAAAAUUAGAAACACAUAAUGUUGCUAUUUGAAAAGCUGCACUCAUCUUAUUUUUCGGAGUCAAACGUUACCAAACUUAUAGCAAUAUGUAACCUUGAUUAAUGUUCCUCUUCUUGUUUUAAGAAAGAUUGAAUAUUUACAAUAUACAUUAUAAAUUAAUAGCAAUAAUUAAAUGGUUAGUAAAGAUGCGAUUAAACAAAGUACGAUUUUUUAUCGAAAUAGUUUUUAUAAUAGAACUGAAUGCAAUUUUAAAUGCUAUUUUUGUUUCCUAACUUUCAGAGGUACUAUUUAUUAAUGAAAUAAUAUUAUUAUUAUUAUUAUACAUAUUUCUAUGUAUUGACAUGUAUAUAGGCAGUAUGAGGUUGUUGAAGAAGAUGAUUGUUAUAUACAAUAGUAUUUAUUAUAUGGCCCCUAAGUGCAGUUAUUCAAAUUUUAACAUUCGCCAGUUGUUGCCACGUCCCUGCGAAGUUCACACGCCGUUAGCACAAAAUAAAGUAAAUAGUUAUAUACGAUAUUUAUGUGAAUUUUAUGUAGAUAUAUUUUCUCUGAGUACCUAUCAAGCAUGUAAGUCGAGAUUAGCACAAGUUGUUUAAAAAGUUUGGAUAGAUACAACUUAGAUUCAUUUUUAUAACAUAAAUUGUGACCACAGUUUUAUAUUUAGAGUGCCUCUUGCCUAUAUAAGACUUAUAUAAAGGCUGCAAAUCACGGAAUAUACAUAGUUUAUGUAGGGAAUGAAUUAUAGAGAAAUAUGUGUAAUUUUAUGGUGAAAAUUGUACGUUGCGUUAUGAUAUGUGACUUGCAACAGGUGACUUUUGUUUUAACAAUUGCGACAACAUGAGCCUUACAGUUGGACGUGUCGGGGAAUACCCGACUACGCACGUAUGCCGCAUGGCAUGGCAUACACCGUUACACCUGACUAAUGCAUACACGCGAGAUAACACCUCCGUAGUUAGCGCAUUCCAAUCUUGUGAUUUAUACAGUUAAAAUUAACCAGUGCAAAAUUAUUUUAAUGACCAAUACUAGGACAAUAGUUUUAUUUGUAUAAUCUUAGAUAAUACUGUUAAGCUUCACCGACCGGAAGGUGGAAAGCCUGAACCGCAAUGAGCGUUCAUUGGUCACUUGUGAUUAUGUUACUAUUUUUAAGUGGCAUACAUAAAUAUAUAACUUAUAUUGCAAUUUUUCUAAGUUCCUGUAGGUAUAUUGAUUAUUAUAUAUUGGUACAAUUUGUUUUAAUGAUUAUGAUUUUUUUAAUAUAAUUUAUUUAGACUAAGUUUCGUGAUUAAGAGCAUGAUAUACAUAUACAAUUUGUUUGAGUUACGACUGUUUUCGCUGGGUGACUGACCGUUCAAUGUUUCGAUAUUACAAAACGUCAGUACCCAGUUGUGGGCUUUCGUACGAAUUUUUGUAUAUUAUGCUGUAAAAUUAAUUGUAAUCAGCACAAGUUCAAAUAACGUAGGUCCACUUUAUUUAUAUUAUUAUAUAGCUUAAAUCGUUGUUACUUCAUAGAAGCGUCAGCGGUUAUUUUUCCCUUAAGCUGUUUUAUUUAACUUUCAUUGUUGACAUUUUAGAUUAGUGAAAUCUGUUUUGCCUUAUCAUUAAUAAUAGGACAUAAUGUUGUAACAGAGAGCAGUACGAUUUUGUUGAAAUAUAGUUACAGUAUAUCAUAAAGGUCGAGGAUCGAAUUGGUAUUUCGUCAAUUGAAAAUGCAACAGUACACAACUCCAUCGCUGUUGAUCAUUGUAACUUUUGAAACAAAUAUAAGCAUAUCAUAGCUGUAAAAAUACAAUUUUGACAAAUAAAAGCUCUACAAUCAUUACAGAA